AUGCCCCUGUUUGAUGGACUGGUCAGCGGAGGAGAGAAGACCGCCAUCAUCAUAGACCUGGGAGCGGCGUAUACGAAAUGUGGCUUCGCAGGGGAAACGGGGCCCAGGUUCAUAAUUCCGAGCGAGAUCCGGAAACCAGGACAGCAGCCGGUCAAAGUGGUCCAGUACAACAUCAACACAGAAGAGCUCUAUGUCAUUCUCAAAGAGUUCAUCCACAUGCUUUACUUCAGACAUCUGCUGGUGAAUCCUCGCGACAGAAGAGUGGUCAUCAUCGAGUCCAUCCUCUGCCCCUCACACUUCAGAGAGACGCUCACCAGAGUCUUCUUCAAGCAGUUUGAGGUUCCUUCUAUUUUGUUCGCGCCAAGUCACCUCAUGGCUGUGAUGACACUGGGGAUUAACUCUGCUCUGGUGAUGGACUGUGGACACACGGAGACACUGGUGCUGCCCGUUUACGAGGGCACUCCUAUUCUUCCUGCGUGGGAGGCCUUACCACUGGGAGGAAAAGCUAUUCACAAAGAGCUGGAUGCCCUUCUCGUGGAGCAGUGCACCGUGGACACAGACACCAGCUCUGGGCAGACCGUCGCAGCAGCUAUUGGGACCAUUCCUGAGGAUAUUGUUGAGGAUAUCAAAGUUAGAACAUGUUUUGUCAGUGACCUGCAGAGAGGAUUCAAGAUUCAAGACGCCAAGUUUAAUCCCGAAGCAGAGCGCCCUGCUCCUCCUCCAGACGUGGCCUUUCCUCUGGACGGAGAGAAGAUCCUGCAGGUCAAAGGAUGCAUUCGAGAUUCCCUCAUGGAGAUUCUGUUUGAACAGGACAAUGAGGAGAAGAGCGUAGCCACAUUAAUACUGGACACGCUUGUCAAGUGCCCCAUAGACACUCGGAAGGUGCUGUCUGAGAACCUGGUGGUGAUCGGGGGUACUGCGCUGCUACCUGGUUUUCUGCAUAGACUGUUGGCAGAAAUUCGCCUCCUGGUGGAAAAACCAAAGUACAGCGAGGUUUUGGCCAGCAAGAGCUUCCGUAUCCAUGUUCCACCGGCCAAAGCUAACUGCACUGCCUGGCUCGGAGGUGCCAUAUUCGGCGCCCUGCAGGACAUUCUGGGCAGUCGCUCCGUGUCGCGGGAUUAUUACAACCAAACAGGCCGCAUCCCUGACUGGUGCAGCUUGAGCUCUCCUCCCCCCGAGUCUCUGUACGAGGCCGGGAAGACGCCUCCUCCGCUCAUGAAGAGGGCUUUUUCCACAGAAAAGUAG